UUUUUUUUUUUCAAAUUGAUUUGUUGCAAAAGAAAUCUGAAAAUUUUUCAUUGUCUACUAACUUCAGGAAUCAGGAUCAUAAAUUACUAAUAAUAAAAAAUUUAAUAAUUGUUAAAAAUGAUUUUUAUUUAUCAACAAAUAAAUUACAUUGGUUUGUUUAUUUUUUGACAACCUUUUAACGAAAAAAUUGAUAAUAUUGAUAAAACACGAACUGUUGUUAUCAAAAUAAAAUAUUCUAAUAACAUAAAUCAUCACAAAUCAUAUGAGUUACAUUUUAUCAACUAAAUGAACUUUACGGUCAAGAAUUAAUUUUAUUUUUAUUUUUAAUGACAUUUACUAUAGUACUAAUUUUUUCAUGUAUGUAGAAUUUUAAUGUGCGUAACUAUAAAUUAAAUAAAUGAUGCAAAGAAAGAAGUGUCAUAUCGUCCAAUAGUAGUAUUGAUGACAAACUUUUUAUCUUGUUUUAAAAAUUAGUGUAGAUUAUUUUCUUUUAAAAUAAUUUUUUUUUAUAUUAUAAUAAUACAAUUUCGGCUUAUAAAUUAAAUUAUGGUGAAGUUUUAUAUAUUUAUAUAAAAUAAAUAAUUUAAUACUUAGUAUGUCUUGACAGUUGAUAAUGUAUUCUACUCCGUAUUUAUAAGAACAAAGUUAGUUGGCUGGACAACAAAGAAACAUAAAGGAGGUCAAAUUAACCGAGUACAUUAUGGAAGGCGGAAUAAUAGAAACUCCAGACACUACUAUCAGUGCAUCUAGUUAUGAUGAUGAAUCUUUGAAGGUUUGUUGUCAUCCUCGAGGACGACUAUGGAGAUUUUCUGGUCUAGCCCUUAUGUGUCUUCUUGGUUUUGGGUCAUAUUUUUGUUAUGACAAUCCUGGAGCGUUACAAGAUAAUUUUAAAAGUGAUUUAGGUUUAUCAACUAGUAAAUUUGUUUUACUAUACUCAAUUUAUUCGUGGCCAAACGUUAUUCUUUGUUUUAUUGGAGGAUUUCUUCUCGAUAGUGUCUUUGGUAUAAGAUUGGGAACAAUUAUAUACAUGGGAUUAGCGUUAGCAGGACAAAUAAUUUUUGCAACAGGUGCUAUGAUUGAUAAAUUUUGGCUCAUGAUGCUUGGUAGACUUGUCUUUGGAAUUGGUGCUGAAUCUUUGGCAGUUGCUCAAAACAGUUAUGCAGUUCUUUGGUUUAAAGGGAAAGAAUUAAAUAUGGUAUUUGGAUUACAAUUGAGUUUUGCUCGUGUAGGAUCAACGGUUAACUUUUUAGUAAUGGAACCUAUAUAUAACUAUGUUGCUAAAGAAUAUUCUGGACCGGAAUGUAUCGGUAUUGUUUUAUUUCUUGCAUCUUUGACAUGUGUGUUUUCUAUGAUUUGUGCUUGUUUACUUGGUCUGAUGGAUAAACGUACAGAAACAUUAUUACGUAGAGGUCACGGUGAAGAACCAGAAGUUGUAAGAUUAACAGAUGUUAAAGAUUUUAAAGGGAUAUUUUGGCUAAUUGUUGUUAUUUGCAUUGCAUAUUAUGUGGCAAUAUUUCCAUUUAUUGCAUUAGGAAAAGUGUACUUUGAGAGAAAGUAUCAAUAUGAUCCAGUAGCUGCCAAUACUGUAAACUCAUUAGUAUAUUCUAUUUCAGCUAUAGCAUCACCACUGUUUGGUUUUGUAGUUGAUAAAACAGGAAAAAAUGUUCUUUGGGUAUUUAUUAGUAUCACUGGAACGAUAACAGCACAUGGACUGUUAGCAUUUACAAAUGUUGAUCCAUAUAUUUGUAUGAUAACUAUGGGACUAUCUUAUUCUAUGUUGGCCAGUAGUCUCUGGCCACUUAUCGCACUUGUUAUUCCGGAAUAUCAAUUAGGAACCGCCUAUGGGAUUGCUCAAGCUGUUCAAAAUUUGGGAUUAGCUGUUGUUUCCAUUUUAGCUGGAAUAAUUGUCGAUAAAGGCGGAUAUUUCAUGUUGGAAAUGUUUUUCCUUGGUUGGCUAUGGAUUUCAUUAAUUACAAGCACAUUGAUAUGGAUAUCAGAUUCAUCGAAAACUGGUGGUUAUUUGAAUAUGACACCAAAACAACGAGAAAUUUACGAAGCAAAUCGUCCUUCUAUAAAUACUGUAGAGCGAGAAAAAUUAUUAUCUGCGAGUUCAACAUCAGAUUUAACUGCUGAUGACUUACUACAGCCACAGUCUGAUAUUACUAUUAGGAAUCGUUAUUUAUCCCGUAUUGGACCAAUACUGCCAACCCAAGCAAAAGCAACAGCAUACCGUGCACUCCGAUGAUCUGAUUUUAGUAAAAUAAUUAGUUAAUUGUAUAUAAGAAAAAUAUGUAUUUAAUAUUUUUUUUUAUAUAUGCUAGAAAAAUAUCUUCUAAUGUAUCGACAGAUGACGCUAAAGAAUAAUAUUUAAAAUGCAAGCGAUUACAAAAACGGCAAAUAAUUAACGAUUGUGAAACCAGGGGCUUAAAAGUUACUGUGAAAAAUAGGGAACUCAUUAAAAAAUAUUUUAGGCAGGUUAGUAAUGCCACUUUUUAGAAAAGAAACUUUAUUCUAUAAAUGAUUCUAAACUGACAGUUUGUAGUCUUUACAAAAAAAAAGUAAAUUAAGUUAAAUAUUUGACAAAACUGACCUCUGCGUGUGGGGCAUUCUACGCCAAAUCGACGACUAUGAAACUCGAGCCUUUUUGAUUCGGCUGAAAAUUUUUUCUCAUUUUCUACUCCAUCAAAAACAUUUCUCAGAAUUAAAAAAAAUUUUUUUACUCAACCAGAAACAAGUUAUGAAUUAAAAAAAAAAAAGACUUUUUUUACAAUAAGCUAUAACUUUUUCAAAAAAUGACUUAUUGGGACUUUUUUUUUUAAUUUUCAUUUUUGAACGUGAUUUAAAAAAAAUAUGAAAAAAUGAUUCAAAGUUAUCUUCUCCAUGAUUACCAUUUUUUUUUUAAAUUAAAAACUUCAACAUUUUUUAUAAUUUCUUAAAUUUUUCAAGACUGGUGUUCUUUCAAUUUUCAUUUUUUUUUUUUUUUUAAAUGAAAAAAGAAAAUUUCUUUUCCAACGUGAAACGUUUUUGAUAGAGAAGGAAAUGAGAAAAAAUUUUCAGCCAAAUCGAAGGGAAUCGGGUCCAAAGUGGUUGAUUCGGCGUGGAAUGCCCCAGAUACAUUACAGAGAUUUUUUGAGCAUUCGUUAAACGAACUAUUGUAUGUAUCUAGUGCGAAUGAGUAUAAGACGCUCAUGUGAUUUAUAUACUCGCCCAGUGAAUCGUAUAUCACUACCACACUCGCGUUUUAUAACAAUUUGUACUAAAUGUAUAAAAUACUAUUAAUGUUCAUUGUGUCUUCCCGGUCACCCACAAAUACUCUGUGAUACAUAUAAGACCAGUAAAAUAUAUGGGUGCGCGAAUAAUCCAAAUUCAGGAAUUAUUUAAGCUUAGUUCAAUAAUUUUAAGUAUUCGUAAGUUUUUAAUUGUUCAAAAAAUUCAAAUUAUUCGUAAAUUAUUGUAACAAAAAUUUUAUAAUUUAUGAACUGAGAUUAAAAUUUAAUAUUCGAACUUGGAAGAAAAAUACAAAGCUUGUGAAUUAUUUGUAAAUUAGUGAUCAAAAAAAUGUUAUAAUUUAUCAAAUAAGAUUUAAAUUUAAUACUUGAAGUCCGAAUUGAAUAAUGCGAAAAAGCUUGCGAAUAAUUCGAAAAUUUACAUACAAUUUACAUUUGUCGAUUUGACUUUUGAAUCGAAUAAUAAUAUUUGAUCUGAUUCAAAUUCUAUUCAUAAACUCUUAAGAUAUAUAUUUAUAUACAUAUAUAUGGGAUAUUCCAUGUCCAAUCAACCGAUAGUUGAAAUCGAUCCCUUUCGAUACGGACGAAUUUUGGUAAGAAGUUUUCUAUUACCGCAGAUUGCCAGAGGAAAAAAAUUUAAAACUUUUUCUUCAAAAGUUAUGCAAAAUACAAAAUUUCGCGAAUUUUCCAGUUUUUCAACUUUAUUCUUUAAAUAUCUCGAAAACUAUGAUAGUUACAAUAAUGGUCCAAAGCUUGUUUUGGAAGCUUGUUUUGCAUAACUUUUGAAGAAAAAUUGUUAAAUUUUUUUCCUUUGGCAGAAUUGCGUUAUAUGGUAAUAAAAAACUUCUGACCAAAAUUCGUCCAAAUCGAAAGGGAUCGAUUUCAACUAUCGAUCGAUUUGACAUGGAAUGACCCACAUAAUUAUACCGAAACUAUAUGAAGUUUCAACAACAAUGAUUUUAUAAACUGUUAUUAAAUAUUUUUAAUAAAUAUAAUUUUUUUAAUGAA